GCAUUGACGGUUCUUUCAGGGCACAUGGCUGCGUAGUAAUAUUUUUGUUUUUCCAAAACGCAGUAAAUAAAAAUACAAAUUUUGCCCAAUUUUUGCAUAUAAAUUAAUUCAAUAAAUCAAAAACAUACAAAAUGGAAGUUGAAAAUAUAAAAGCUGAUGUCUUUGUACCCGAAAAAGAAACAAAAAAGGCGAAAAAACGAUCUGCCAACGAAGACACCGAUCUCAUGCAAAUCGACGAGGCAACAGGCAUUGAAGGUGUCGCCAAAUCUCACACUGUUCCCAAAGCAAAGCGAACCAAAAAUGAAAUUCGUAAAAUUGGAGUUCCACCUCACAGAUUCUCAUCGCUCAAGGAACAUUGGAUGAAAAUCUUCACUCCCGUUGUGGAGCACAUGAAACUACAGAUACGUUUCAACACCAAAGCCCGUCAAGUUGAACUGCGUAUAAGUCCCGAAACCCCCGACAUUUCCAAUUUACAGAAAGGAGCCGACUUCGUAAAAGCCUUCCUCUGCGGUUUUGAAGUCGACGAUGCACUUGCUCUUCUGCGUCUGGAGGAUCUGUUUGUUGAGAGCUUUGAAGUUAAGGACGUCAAAACUCUCAAAGGUGAUCACAUGAGUCGUGCCAUUGGUCGUCUAGCAGGAAAGGGAGGACGAACAAAAUUCACAAUUGAAAACGUAACCAAAACACGUAUUGUUCUGGCUGACAGCAAAAUCCACGUCCUCGGAAGUUACCAAAACAUUCAACUAGCCAGAAGAGCCAUUUGUAAUCUGAUUCUUGGUUCACCACCCAACAAGGUUUACGGUAAUCUUAGGUCAGUGGCGAGUCGUUUAGCAGAGAGAAUAUAAAGAUUUUUGUGGUUAUUUUUAUUAAACUAAAGCUUAAAUAAAUAUGAAUUUGGAAUAUGUAAACAA